AUGGAAGACAGUGAUAUGUUACCUCAGAUCAUUCAUAGCAUACUAUCAACAUCUCAUUCUCUGUUUCCAAGAAGUAUCCAAGGACUUGAUGAAGAUGUCACCACACCUUAUGACUAUGACAAUGGUGAGCCAUGUCAUAAAUACAACGUGAAGCAGAUGGGUGCCAGGAUCCUGCCCCCACUCUACUCUCUGGUAUUCAUCUUUGGUUUUGUGGGGAACAUGUUGGUCAUUCUCAUUUUGAUAAGCUGCAAGAAGCUGAAGAGCAUGACUGACAUCUACCUGUUCAACUUGGCUAUCUCUGACCUGCUCUUCCUGUUCACUCUCCCAUUCUGGGCUCACUAUGCUGCAAAUGAGUGGGUCUUUGGAAAUAUAAUGUGUAAAUUACUCACCGGACUUUAUCACAUUGGUUAUUUUGGUGGAAUCUUCUUCAUUAUCCUCCUGACAAUUGAUCGAUACUUGGCAAUUGUCCAUGCUGUGUUUGCUCUGAAAGCCAGGACAGUCACCUUUGGGGUGAUUACAAGUGGAGUCACUUGGGUGGUAGCUAUGCUAGCCUCUCUCCCAGGAAUCAUAUUUACUAAAUUCAAAGAAGAAGAUAGUCAUAAAGUCUGUGGUCCUUAUUUUCCAUCAGUAUGGAAGAAUUUCCAUGCAAUAAUGAGGAAUAUCUUGAGUCUGAUCCUGCCCCUACUUGUCAUGGUCAUCUGCUACUCAGGAAUCCUCCAUACCCUGUUUCGUUGUAGAAAUGAGAAGAAGAGGCACAGGGCUGUGAGGCUCAUCUUUGCCAUCAUGAUUGUCUACUUUAUCUUCUGGACUCCCUACAACAUUGUUGUCUUCCUGAACACCUUCCAGGAAUUCUUGGGACUGAGUACCUGUAUGAUUUCCAAUCACUUAGACCAGGCCAUGCAGGUGACAGAGACUCUUGGAAUGACACAUUGCUGUAUCAACCCUGUCAUCUAUGCCUUUGUUGGGGAGAAGUUCCGAAGGUAUCUCUCCAUAUUCUUCAGAAAGCACAUUGCUAAACGUCUCUGCAAACAGUGCCCAGUUUUCUACAGAGAGACAGUGGAUCGAGUGAGCUCAACAUACACCCCUUCCACUGGGGAACAAGAAGUCUCAGUUGGGUUGUAA